GGCCCCCCACCCCUAGUACUGUGCUCUGGCCCGGAAUCCCCAACUGCCCCUCCUCUUUCCUCCUCCCCGCUUCCCCAAUUCCCCGCCUCCGACGCUCCCUCUCCGCUGCCGCGGGCUCCGACCCUCCGCCUCCGCCCGGGCCCCGCCGGGAAUGGCGGCGUGAGGAGGCCGGCGGACUAGGGUUCUUCGAUCCGUGAGCCGAGCGGGAGGGACAGCGGGCGGAGCCGGGGGCCGCCCGACAUGGCGACCGACCUGCCCAUGAGCCCGGAGCUCGAGCAGAUCGACGGCGAGAUCCACGACAUCUUCCGCGCGCUCCAAAAUGGAUUUCAAAAGAUGGAUAAGAUUAAAGAUUCAAAUAGGCAAGCUAAACAACUGGAAGAUCUCACAGGCAAAAUGAAGGAAUGCAAGCGCUUGAUCAAAGAGUUUGAUCGCAUUCUCAAAGAUGAGGAGUCGAAUAAUCCACCUGAGAUCAACAAACAGCUAAACGACAGAAAACAGUUCAUGAUCAAAGAGUUGAAUUCCUAUGUCACCUUGAGGAAAACAUAUCAAAGUAGCCUUGGUAACAACAAUAAGAGGGUUGAGCUCUUCGACAUGGGUGCUGGAAGUAGCGAGCCUGCUGCUGAGGACAAUAUUCAAAUGGCAUCAGCCAUGACAAAUCAACAACUCAUUGAUGCGGGAAGGAAUCAAAUGGAUCAAACAGAUCAAGCUAUUGAACGUUCAAAAAUGGUUGUAGCACAAACUGUUGAGACAGGAGCACAAACUGCUGCAACAUUAACACAGCAAACAGAGCAAAUGAAGAGAAUCGGCAAUGAGCUAGAUUCUGUUCACUUUUCACUGAAGAAAGCUAGCCAAUUAGUGAAAGAGAUUGGUCGUCAGGUUGCGACUGACAAAUGUAUCAUGGCGUUCCUCUUUCUGAUCGUUUUGGGUGUGAUUGCUAUCAUUGUUGUCAAGAUUGUCCAUCCAAACAACAAAAACAUUCGAGACAUUCCAGGACUGGCCCCGCCGGCUCAAAAUUAUCAAAUCAAUAACAGGAGAUUGUUGUGGACAGAGGCUUUCAUAGGUGUGUGAUGAUUGUGCAUGGAGGUUUCAUGCAGGUGCACUGCUUGCGAUGCAGCUAUCCACAUAAGAUGUAGGAUAUGUCGUUACUAUUUUUCUUUGUGCUUGUGUAUUUAUUUUGUCGUGUUAACUCCUAGCAAUAGGUCUGGAUUCCUGCUUCUGGUGUUUGUACACUGCGGGCCAUUUGAUUGUGUAUAUGCAACAGAGAUGAAAUCUUGUACAAGUCAUUAGCACGAAGUCUUAAAAGAGAGCUAUACUGGUAACUUCAA